AUGAGUCAAACUAGUCUUGUCGAAUCGAGUUCUUCCGGGGAAGCUCCUCGCAAUGCAUUGUCGCUCCGACUAGAGGCGCCUCCCUUCUCCCAUACAUCCAUUUCUCCCACCAAACAGUCACUCAUUAUGCAGGGCCGCUAUGUAUACAAAACGGAAACCAGCCCAGUCACGUCAGCUUGUCACAUCUCCAGUCGCAACACUCAAGCCGGCAAUCCAUGGCAGCUGCACAUCUGCCGACUUCUGCCCAGCGAAGUUCGUCGCCUUGGUGAGGCUACAGGAAACAAUGUUUUCAUCAGAUACGAUGACGAUUUGACCCUUUACUCUGGCGAUAAGCUGAACAUCCCUUUCAAUUUCGCCUCUGGUCUCGGUCCCACGCCACUCAUUGUUAUCAGGGGCCAAAAGAGAGAUGAUUGGAAGAAGCUUUUGUUGACAGUGCAGGAAAACUCAGUCAAGGUGACGGAGUGGGUUGAUGAGUACGGGAAGGUUGUUGCGGUUGAGGAGGAUGAUAAGCUGGAGUUUUCGGGAGAGGUACAAACGGAGAAGGUUCUUGUUGUUGCGUGCUGGGCUUGCAAGGGAUUUGUACUUGAAAAGGCUGCAUAG